AUGACGUUGCUCCCCGACGACCACUGGUUGCAACAACAGCAGCAACCGCAGCAUGACUCUGGAUAUCUUAUGAUGGAGCCGUCUGUCUUCCCUCAGUACGUCAGACAGCGGACGCAGUAUGCUACCAGCACAAGCCAGUAUGACCCGAGGACCAUUGUCACCUCUGGGGCCAUCGUCGCCCCUCACAUCGCCCCUGACUACGUGACGGGACCCACCUACGGUAUAUCACCCGUAUCAAACAUCAAGUCUCACUUCCCCGUCCAAGCCCACAACACCUACGGCCAGUACGACCAGCCAGCGGGCUGCCUGGCAAUGACCUACUCUCGCAUGAGCCCCCAAAAGGAGCACGCUGGUCUCUGCAUACUGCACCAAAUUCCCCAGCAGCCCAUCCAAGGACACCGGCGUCAACAGCAGAGCCUUUCUGCUGCUGGGAUUACUCCCAAGACGUCAGACCCUAUGAAAACGAAGGAGAUCACCUACAAUAAGCCUGUCAUGGCAGACGAUAUCGUCUUCACCACUCCUGUUGAUGUCAUGAUGAAGGCCCUCCAGAAGAGGAAGGACAAGAGACACAUCGCGAAUAGCAACUCUUCAGAGGCUGGUACCUGCAGCGUCAAGACCGGGCUAUCUUCGCCCCAUCCGUCUGCCACUGAAUCUAGCCAGGAGGUCACCGAUAAGGCGAAGAAAUACAGUUGUCCCUUCGAUGGCUGCGCCAAGAGCUUCCAGCAGAGCACGCAUUUGGAAACUCACAAGCGUGCUCAUACUGGCGACAAACCUUACACGCACAACAAGACCAAGCCCUUCGCCUGCAAGCUCGACAACUGCAACAAGCUCUUCACGACCCGAGGAAACCUCAAGAACCACCAGAACAAGUACCACGGGGACACCAUUGGUCGUCUUGUGGACUGGAUCGUCUCUCUAACGGACGUCGACGCGUUGUCGCCCGAAGACAGCGACCUGCUCUGGUACUUCUCCAACAUCUAUAAGAACAGUAACAAGGGCAUCAAGGGUCGUGGCCGAGACCGCCGGGUUAGUAAAGUCCGUAUGCGCAAGACGAAGCUCUUCUCGUCCGGCAUGGGCCUCUCCCGAUCAAGGAUGCUCGACUCAACCUUCUCCCACCUGGAAUAG